AUGUCGCUCCUGUCUGCCGACGAAGACACGCCGCGCUACUAUAGCUUCAAAGAUUUUCUUUCCGAGACAGAGGCAGCCAGUUUCUUUGAGCUGACGCAUGCUGAGCAGGUGGUGAAAGUCACACACUACCUCGACUUUUUAGGCCAGCAAAAGAGCUAUGCACUUUUUAAGACAUCACCCAAGGCCUCCAUCAGCUUUGCUAAGCUGCAGAGCGACUGUGGUACUACGCGUGAUAUAUAUAGCGCUGUAGUAAGCUUCGCACUGGACGCAAAAUUAUUAAAGAAAUUAUUGGAGGGACGGACGCGUAGUGGGUUUGGUGCUUUCGGAACUGAAGAUGGCUUUUUAUCCCAAAAGAGACUGAGUUUGGCAGUCGCUGCUUCCGUGGAAGAGAUUGGCCACACGUACAUUAUCGAGCGCAACAAACAUGAGGAUGUCAGACCACCGGUUCUUAAUAGUCGCAGCUUCUUUUUUUAUUGGUGUCACGCGGAAAAGCAAAAGCUGAUAGAUAUCAAGGAGAAGCUCACAGCCCGUAAUUUGCCAGCAAACGAAAGGCGAAUGUACUGGGAGCACAUUACAAUUGUUGUUGACCGGGCGAUGUGCAAUGAUUGUAUUAGUUUUGCAAAAUGUCUCGCUCAUUUCGAAAUGGCAUCCAUUUCUAUUGAAGAUCCAGAUGUUGCACGUAUCUUUCCUCCAGCUCCCAACAUGGCCGUCAUCCAUCUUCCAAAGUAG